AUGGAGGUGGACGACGCACAGGCGCCUCCUGUGGGCGAGAAGCCAGCCCCAAAGGAAGCAAAGGCCGAUGAGGCCAAAGGCGAAGCCAAGAGCGAGGCAGCGGAUAAGAAGGAAGAGAAGAAGGAGGAGGAGAAAAAGCCUGAGCCCGAGCCUACCGAGGAGAUCUUGAGCAACCCAUGCCGUGUUCUCAAGGGGCAGGUGCAGUUCAUCUCCUUUCCGAAGGAGGUCGCCGGCACGACUGCGCGGUACAAGCCGCUCUUGGAGUCCAGGAAGCAGGGCUUCCUCCUUCUACGGGACUUGCGGCCGGAGGAGCCGGAGGAACUGUUCUUGGAAAGCGAGAAAAGGGAGGAAGACGAGCAGGAGAAGGAGCCUGAACCACCGGAGCCCUUCCCCUGGAGCGCGGACGAGUGA